CCCACCCACUUCCCGGGGCGCGUUGUGCUUGUUCCCCGUUCGGAAGGGACGAGACGGGUCAAUUCACCAGCGCCCGUUGCUGUUUGACUCCCUCCGCGUCUCUUCCACGCCCCCUCCCUGCGGAGCCAGGUGGUACGGGCCGGCGCCCUGGGCGGAAGCAGACACGUUUCUGCUUCCCGUGGUGAGGCGGCCAGGGGGAGAAUGGCGGCCCCGGGUUCACACACCUUCUUCAUCUUGGCUUUAACGUUUGUGGCCAGCAUCCAAGCCCUGACACCUACCCAUUAUCUCACAAGGCGUGAUGUGGAGAGACUGAAAGCUUCCUUGGACCGCCCAUUCAAUGAUUUAGAAGCUGCUUUUUACUCCAUCGUAGGACUCAGCAAGCUGGGAGUGCAAGUAUCUGAUGAACAAGCUGCAUGUAACUUCAUCAAAUCUAACGUGGAUCCCAACAGUGUCGAUUCCCUUUUCUAUGCUGCACAAGCCAGUCAGGCUCUGCCUGGAUGUGAGGUUGUCAUUUCAAAUGAGACCGGAGAGCUGCUUCUUGCAGCUGUCAGUGAGGAUUCCUCAGUCAACCAGAUCUUCCACGCUGUCGGAGCCCUGAGUGGCUUUGGGCUUCCUCUAGCAUCCCAGGAAGCACUUAGUGCCCUUACUUCUCGUCUUAGCAAGGAAGAGAAUGUCCUGGCAACCAUUCAGGCGUUACAGACGGCAUCCUACUUGUCCCAGCAGGCAGACCUGAGUGGCAUUGUGGAGGAGAUAGAGGAUCUUGUUGCCCGCUUAGAUGACCUAGGUGGGGUAUAUCUGCAGUUUGAAGAAGGACUUGAGACUACUGCAUUAUUUGUUGCUGCUACAUACAGUCUGUCAGACCAUGUGGGUACAGAGCCAGCGAUGAAGGAGGAUCAGAUAAUCCAGCUGAUGAAUGCAAUUUUUAGCAAGAAGAACUUUGAGACACUCUCUGAGGCCUUCAGCGUGGCUUGUGCUGCAGGUUCUUUAUCCCAGAACCGCUACCACUUGCCCGUCAUUGUUGUCCCUGAUGGGCCAGCAGCCGUGUCUCAUCAUCAACCCAUACUCAGGCUGCAAGUGACCAAUGUCAUGUCACAGCCACUGACUCAAGCUGCUGUGAAGCUAGACCAUGCCAAGUCUGCAUCUACCAAAGCCUCUGUCCUUCACCAGAUGCCGUUUGCUGUUUCAGAAGACAUCUUUGAGCUGAACUUCAUGAAUGCCAAACCUGCCAGUGGAUAUUAUGAUUUCUCCAUCAGCGUCGAUGGUGACAGUCGAUUAAUUGCAAACAAAGUUGAGUUGAAAGUAAAGGUCUCCACAGAAGUUGGCAUUACAAACGUGGAUCUUUCUACUGUGGAUAAGGAUCAAAGCAUUGCACCAAAAACCACAAGGGUAGCUUAUCCAGCCAAAGCCAAAGGAUCAUUCACAGCUGACAGCCAUCAGAAUUUUGCCUUGUCCUUCCAGCUGGUGGAUGUGAACAGUGGAGCUGAGCUUAUCCCUCACCAGACAUUUGUCCGUCUUCACAACCCAAAGACUGGGCAGGAGGUGGUGUUUGUCGCAGAACCGGACAGCAAGAAUGUGUACAAGUUUGAAUUGGACACUGCUGAGAGAAAGACAGAGUUUGAUUCUGCCUCUGGUACCUACACCCUUUACUUGAUAAUUGGAGAUGCCACUCUGGAAAAUCCAAUCCUGUGGAAUGUGGCUGAUGUCGUUAUCAAAUUCCCAGAGGAAGAGGCUCCAUCCACAGUCCAGUCAAAGAAGCUUUUCAUUCCCAAGCCAGAAAUCCAGCACCUGUUCAGGGAACCUGAGAAGAGACCUCCUACAGUGGUGUCCAACACAUUCACGGCCUUGAUCCUUUCCCCGCUGUUUUUGCUCUUCAUUCUGUGGAUAAAGAUUGGUGCCAACAUCUCCAAUUUCAGCUUUGCUCCCAGCACCAUUAUCUUUCACCUGGGUCAUGCUGCCAUGUUGGGGCUGAUGUAUGUCUAUUGGACUCAACUUAACAUGUUCCAGACUCUGAAGUACCUGGCCAUCUUGGGUAGUGUCACUUUCCUGGCAGGCAACAGAAUGUUGGCUCAGAAAGCAGUAAAGAGGAUUGCUGCAGAACAGAGCAGUAGGUUGGCAAAGUAUAGAACGCUGCGGUAAAAGGGGGUUGCUCUUCCUAGAAGACACAUUAGUACCAGAAAAAUGGAUGAAAUAGGAGGGGAAAAAACUCAAAUGUACACAGAAAAGUGGCCAAGAAACAGUCCAGAGGUCAGAAGUUGGAAAGCAGAAAAGAAUUUUUUUUAUGAAGUCAAGAGAAUUGUGGUUAUACUUUUUUAUUUUUUUGAAUGUUUUCCCUCACUUUUUUUUUAGUGCUGUUUGAGCAAUUUUGGAAUUAAGCCAGCAAAGGCCAUGUCUUUUCUUCACACCCCCCCUCCCCAAGUGUUUAAAUUCUGACAGUGCAAAUUCUGUAAUUCUGACAUUUCCCCCCCUUGUGGAAUAAAAAGGCUGAUGAGAGGAAA